GCCUCCACUGCCUCGGCCAGCUUUACUAAUGCGCAUAUAUGGAUCACGGAUGUAGUAACAGACAUUACCGAGUUAAUGGCAACAAUGGAUAAUUACCAAAUUCUACAUUCUUCCUCUUCAGCCAAACAUAUUGCUCCUUUCGUUCAUCUUUAGAGAUUCGUCACCCGAGGCCACUCAGUCCACAUUCUCCAACUUCCUUCACCUCCUGUUAGUUAGGUAAGCUAGCUACCUACUAUUUCUCUACCACUGAUCAUAUUAGCUUCCUUUGCAGUCUUUUGCUGGUUUUUUGUAGGAGCUGGAGAGAUUUGCGAUGGGGAAGAAAGUGUGUGUCUUUUUGGUAUUGGUGUCGAUUUUAGUGCUUGCAAUAGAUGCGAUUACUGUGGAUAGGCUCAACAUAUGGCCAAUGCCCAAGUUGGUGAGCCACGGGGAACAUCGGACUCUCUACGUCAGUAAGGAUUUUGGGCUCAAGACUGAGGGAAGCAAGUAUAAUGAUGCUUCUGGGAUUUUGAAGGACGGGUUCUCAAGGUUGCUCGAUGUGAUCCGAGUUGCUCAUGUUGUCGAUGCUAAUUUUUCUGGUAUAGAUACUUCGGUUCUGCUUCAGGGUCUGCACGUGGUUGUUUUGACAGCGGAUGAUGAGUUACGAUAUGGUAUCGAUGAGUCAUAUAAGUUAUCAGUUCCGGAUUCUGGGAAGCCUGUCUAUGCGCAUCUGGAAGCACAGACUAUUUAUGGAGCUUUACAUGGGCUUCAGACGUUCAGUCAAUUAUGUUAUUUCAACUUUACAUUGGAGGUAAUUCAAGUUCCUAGGGUCCCAUGGACUGUUAUUGAUAAGCCAAGAUUCUCUUAUCGAGGGCUUUUGAUAGAUACAUCACGACACUAUUUGCCAUUGCCGGUAAUAAAGAAAGUUAUUGACUCGAUGACCUAUGCAAAACUGAAUGUGUUGCAUUGGCACAUUGUAGAUACACAGUCUUUCCCUUUGGAGAUACCUUCAUAUCCAAAACUAUGGGAUGGUGCAUAUUCAAUUUCAGAACGAUAUACAUUCGUUGAUGCUGCAGAAAUUGUGAGUUAUGCUCAAAGACGAGGGAUUAAUGUAUUGGCUGAAAUUGAUGUUCCAGGACAUGCUCGCUCAUGGGGGAUUGGCUAUCCUUCUCUGUGGCCGUCAAAGAAUUGUCAGCAGCCACUUGAUGUCAGCAAUGAAUUCACCUUUAAAGUAAUAGAUGGAAUUCUAUCAGAUUUCAGUAAGGUUUUUAAGUUUAGAUUUGUUCACUUGGGAGGCGAUGAGGUUGAUACAAGUUGCUGGAUAUCGACUCCUCGUUUAAGGAAAUGGUUAACUAAGCAUAGUAUGAAUGAAUCUCAAGCUUAUCAGUAUUUUGUGUUGCGUGCACAGAACAUAGCUCUGUCCCAUGGAUAUGAAAUUAUUAACUGGGAAGAGACUUUUAACAAUUUCGGCAAUAAAUUGAGCAGAAAGACUGUGGUGCACAACUGGCUUGGAGGUGGUGUUGCUCAGAAAGUAGUUGCAUCUGGGUUAAGGUGCAUUGUAAGCAACCAGGACAAGUGGUACUUGGAUCACCUAGAUGACACAUGGCAGCAGUUCUAUAUGAACGAGCCACUCACUAAUAUUACAAACCCCAAGCAGCAGGAAUUAGUUAUAGGUGGGGAGGUAUGCAUGUGGGGUGAACACAUUGAUGGGUCAGAUAUUGAACAAACCAUAUGGCCACGAGCUGCAGCCGCUGCAGAGCGACUUUGGACGCCUUAUGACAAGCUAGCUAAGGAUCCGAGAAAAGUUACUGGAAGGUUGGCACAUUUCAGGUGUUUACUGAAUCAAAGAGGAGUGGCAGCUGCUCCUGUGGCUGGACCAGGCAGAGUUGCUCCUGAAGAGCCAGGCUCCUGCUAUAGUCAAUAGUAACACAGGGCAUAUAUCUUACUCUGGUAGCAAUUUCAUAAUUUAAGCUAAAAAAAUCCAAGAUUCAUUGUAAGUUGGUGGCAGAGCCCAAGAAUGCACCUUGAUUGAUGAAAACAAUAAAUUGUUUUACCUUUGUAAUU